UAAUUUUCUAUUCCAGCUUUAAUUAGCAGUGCGAAGACAAAGAAGAAGAACAUUUUGUGUGAUGUCGCCAACACUGUCAAUAGUCAACGAAAUCAAGUGUCUUCAGCUAAAAAAUCCAACAUCACUCAGUUGAAAGCCAACGUAAAUAGAACGCCAAAUAAUACUAAGAAACUGCCAAUGAAAAGUAGCGAAUUUUCAAAGAAUUUCCUUCGAGAUAAAAUUGAAAACUCGGCCCCUCCUAGGGUGCAUCUUCAUGAGUCAAACAACUUAUUGGAUCACUUUGAUGGGGAGUGCAAACACUGCGAAAAGUACAAUGGUAUCAAUGAUUUCAUUCCUUUGAAAUUUCAAUGUGAAAAGUUGGCUGUAGAUCCAUUCCCAAGAAAGGAUAAGAACCAUAAAAAUAAGCCGAAUCUCAAAGAAGAAGAAUUGAUCAUGCCAUUAGUUGACGAUGCAAAUGAUUUCCUUGCUGACAUUGGAAUGCUGCCAAGUCCAACAAUCUCUGCGUUCAAUUUGAAAGCACUUCAGGAAUUCGAAUUCGAAUAUGAAAACUGCGAUUUGCCUCCUGCUUAUAAUUCGGAUUCUGAGUAAUGAAGAGGACCAGUCAGAGCCACAGAAAAUGGAUUGAAACUUCUAUUUUGUGUCUGGUAGCCUAUAAAUUUGUUCCAAUAAGUGUGUGUUUAGUAUUUUAUUGUUUCGAUUCUUUUUUAGUGGAUAUGAGUAAUGAUAAAGAUCACAUCUUUGACUGACUGAAUUUUGUCGUAAUUUUAUUCGUAUUUGUGAUAUUUAAUUAAUGAUCAUUUCCAGUAACAUGAUUUGAUUCUUGUGAAUGCAUGGUGAUUGAAUCACACUAUUUUAAAUGUUCCUAAUUAAACUCAAGCUAUGUUUUGUUCAAAUAAAGUUUGUUCCCUAUA